AUGGGGAAGGUCUCUGGGGACGUCGUGGUGUUCCUCGUCGUCUUCCCUCUAAGCAUGAACAUCUGCUUCUUUCUCGCGGGCAUCCAGUUCGGGCGUUUGCUGGAGAGGGAGGCGGACAACAGCGGCGGCGUCGAAUUCACCUGGCGAGGAGCACUCGACAACGUCACCAAGGUGAUCGAUCGAUAG